UUCGAAACAACUCGCGUAUAUCGUGUACGUAUGUAUCUACAACGUUUUCUCCGUCGCUUUUGUCACACCGUGAGUACAUACAUGCAUACAUACGUCGACGGUAAACCCGCGUUACGUCACUCUCCUCACUCCCGGUUAGUUUUAAAACACACGACACGGACUAGGCACGUAUCAAACCUCUUGCUAUGUGUAAAUUAAAAAAUUAGCCUCGCGGGUAGGUCUACCAUAAUAAUAUUUUCGCCAACGGGGUGCGGGUCCGAUGGACUGACCGAUGGUUACGUUCGCGACGAUUCCCAGCAGUUCGCAGGCCUGCUGUUCGUUAUCCGCGCAGCGGCUUCUCUUACGGAUUCCCGAUUGGCGGAGGGGGCGAAUGGCCUGCUGCUCCUGCUGCUAUGCUAGUUAUUAGCUGCGCGCGCAGCGCGGCUCCGUUUCCGUCGAGUUUAAUAUCGCUCCCCGCCCCCUUUGCGUCCCGUUUUUCCGGUGUAUAUUCGACGGAUAACGGCGAUAACGAGGCGCCGAAUGACCGAAAUAAAUAGACGGUCUUAUAUCCCCGUAUCGAAACCCCUAGUUUUAUUAUUGGCUUCAAGUUAUGGAGGAAUUGACUGGUCCCAAUGUACAGGUUGUACUUGGUAUUAAAGAAGGGAAUGGAUUCAGCCAGCUUGAAAAUCCGACAGUUAUUGUCGCAACGCUGAACGGACACUCGUUGGAAACUGACCUUGUAGAUCCUGACUUACAUCCUCAGUACGCGACUGACUUAGUAUGGGAUGCAGACAAGAGUGGAGUGAGAAAAAUGAGAGUGGGCCAUGUGCCAUUGAAACUAGAAUGUUUUGCAGUCGACGAUAGUGGAUCGAGAGAAAAAAUUGGAUACAUUUUACUGCCUCUGAGAUCGGCGCAAAUAAUCCCUCGGGACAAAAGCACAAACGUUAAAGUUAGUUGGCACAAGCUUCUCGGAGUCAAGUCAGAGCUGAGAGUAUCCGUUCCGGAAAUACUUCUUAGUCUAACCAUAGAAGAUAGGGAAAUGAUCUCAGGCCAAAAUUACAGCAACAUUCAGCAAAAGACGGAACUAGAAAUGGAAUCUGCCCUGUCAACUGUAAGUGCAACACCUAGGCUGCUGCACGAAGAACGCUUGAUACAACUGGGUCCAGACUCAACGUGUCGUGAUCUCUUUCUCCUGAGUAUCACAGCUGGAAAAGCUGACCAUUUAGAAUACCUCGUACAAAAGGAUGUCAACGAUCUCAGAGAAAAUUUCAGCUUUUGGUAUCAAAUAUUAAACAACGAUAUACAACUGAAAUCGUUCAAAAAACUUCCUGACAAAUCUCAUAUUCUAAAUGAAAAAAUAGUCAUUCGAAUACGCAGUUGUCUCAAUGUAUUGAAGCACUAUUUUCAAGAGAAUCCCUACCUGUUUGUGAAACUUCAGUACGGCAACACUCUUGUUGGGCAAUACAAGGUGGACCUUCGUCCUCUAGUUCCAAGUGAAAAUAUCGCAGAUUAUUCUAACAAUUCUGGUGAUACUAGUAUGGCCUUAGACCAGCAGUGUUAUCUAACAAUGGAUAACGCCAUAGAGUCUAUACCGAAAGGAAAAAAGCCGUCCAUAGAAAUCCAAUUGCGACUUCGAUAUGUUGGAUACAAGAGCAUGAAUUCGAAGAGUCACAUCAAGUCUCACGAUCCAAGUUCGAUUGCAGAUGGUGAAAAUUAUGAUGUCGAAUCUUAUUUGGCUGGUAAUAGUUGGGUUCAAUAUGCAGAUUUGGAUAUCAAGGAUAGCCAUCAUUAUCGUAAUUCAGUUGAUAAAAAAAAGUCAGAAAUUGACGCACACAGAAAUCCUGGAGGUGAUUUUGGGAAAUGCAUUAGUCUUGAUCAACCUGUUGUGCAUUUCAAAAAUCCAAACAAACAUUCAUCGAGUUGUGAAGUCAUCAAAGAACAAGCAGCUGAUUUAAUCUUUUCUCACUCUGCAGAUGCAAUAUUGCAUUCAGCCUCUAAUAAAGAAUGUUCAAGAAGUAUCGAAGCAUACCAUUGCUACUGCUUGAAUAUCCUAUUAGAAAGUAUAAAAUUUUCUCAAGAAUUGGGAACAGAAAACAUUAAUUUUUGUUUUCAUCACCCAAAGGCACAAAUUGUGUCGACUUUGCAUCGAAAAAUUCCUGGACUGUCAACAAAAAAAUUAACUCUGCAAGAUAUUCAAUGCAAAUUACACUUCAUAUCAUCCGCAGAUGAGAUAGGAAAGCUUUUAGUAACGUUUCCACCUAGAGUCAGUAUUUGCAAUGCCGAAGAUAGCAUUGAAGUUUGCUUGGCUCAAGCUGUUCUUGACGUUACACAGCUAUUUAACAAAAGUAAGUCUCAAUGUAAACUCGGAGUGUCACUAUUUGGCUCAGACGAAAAAGAAGUUGGAAUAUUGGACGUAAAAAUGAGUCUGGAAGAUUGCGGUCCUUACUACAAAACGAAAAGAGGAAAAUCAGACGAAGACCUGGGUCCUCCAAUAUUAGAUGACAGUUUGGCAUAUAAAAUUGUUGAAGAAUUGGAAACGUGGAAAGAAAGACAGCAGGAAAUAUUUCGCGUUGAGCUAAAACGAAAAGAAGAACGACAUUUGAAUUUAUUGAGUGACGAGUGGCAAAAACGCAGACAGGCGUUAGAAACUAAAUUAGCUUGUAGUGUGGAACAAUGCAAAAUGUUAGCUAAUAGUUUGAAUAAUGCUACAGAAGAUUUACGAAUUAGACGACUCAAGAGUUUGGAAAAAGAGGCUAGGCUAAUCAAAGCUAAUGAAGAUUUACAAUGGCGAUAUGAUCACAAACUACAGGAGCUGCGGGAAGCUUCGCAGCGCUUACAGGAUGACCUCAAUCACAAGUUAUCCAUCUUAGAAGAACAAAAAAACGUGCUCGAAGCAAAAGUGGAACCAUUACAAUUAGAAAAUAAUAAAUUGAAGAAUAUCGUCAGUCAGCUAACAGAGGAUCUGGAGGUUUAUCAGAAGGGAUCACUGACACAAGAUCAAACAGCUUUGUUGCUACAAGAGCUUAAAGGAAUGGAGGAAAAAUUGAAUAACACUCAGAAGAGUAAAUCCUUCUUUAAAGAGCAAUGGGGAAAAGCUGUGAGAGAGAUUCACAGAAUGAAAAUGGAUCAUCAGCAAGCCGUAGAAGUUCAUAUCAAAAAUAGCAAGGAAGAGUUGAAAAAUAUUGACUUAGAAGACGUUCUGUGCACAGACUCGAAAGAAUUAUUGAAUGAUCAAAUACUACUUGGUGAGAUACAAAAGGAAAUCAAUGUAAUCAAACCUAAACCUGCCUUCAUGCAGAUAAAUAUGGAUGAUCAAGCGUUUAUACGACCUUCAAACCUAUAUUCUAAGUCUAGCCAUAGCAUGGCUAGAUCAGAAAUGUCAGCCAGGUCGGAAGAAAUCGAUGAAAAAUUGAAAAAUCUAAUUGAAGAACGCGACUGUCUCUUAAAAACUGGUAGCUAUUCAAUAGACGAUGCAGUUAUUAUGAAACUCAAUAACGAAAUUAGAUCUCUUUUAAUUACGAGCUGAAAUUAUUUUUUCUAAACUAAUUGAAAAAGACUGACUGACAAUCAACAUUUGAUACAAAAAUGUACAAAACAACCCAAAAUAAGAAUAACUUAGGUGAAAUACAUGUUGAAAAUUGAAGGUAUUGCAACAUUAAAAAAAAAAAAACACUUUUACCAAUGUUAUACUUAAUGUAAUAAAUGCGCGAACAGAGGCUAAACCAUCACACAGAAUAUGUAAACAUUUUGAUAUUACAAAUAUAAGUUAUUCAUAUGUAAAUACGAGAUCCAAUCUUAAAUAUAAUUUAAAAGCCCAAUACCGAUUUUUUCUGGUUUAAGUAACAUGGACAAGUUGCAUUGCUCCUUUGUUAAGGGAUUCUACAGUCUUAUGGUACCCACUUAUCGUUGAUACCUGUGUCACAAUGAAAAGAGUUUAAUACAAGUACAUCUUUCAUUGUUUUAUCUAAUGUGCUUGACAAUAGAUAAUAACUAACGCAUAGGUAAUGUGAAAUGUAAAACUCAGCAUAUGACAUGUAUUCCCAAAGAAAGAGAAGCUAAGACGCUAGUUCAUUUUAUACAGAUUUUAAGCUAAAUAAAACAGUACCAAAUAAUCACAUCUCCCGAUUUGUUACCAUCCUUCAUUAUCAUUGGA